GGAGACUCAUGAUAGUCCGUUCUGCCUGAGGAAGCAGAGCCAUGACAAUCGGAAAUCUACUAGCUUAUAUGUCAGUCAGCCCCAGCAAGGAGAUCAAGAUUGUGUCUGCUGUAAGGAGAAGCAGUAUGAGCAGCUGUGGCAGCAGUGGCUACUUCAGCAGCAGCCCGACCCUCAGCAGCAGCCCCCCUGUGCUCUGCAACCCCAAGUCUGUUCUAAAGAGACCUGUCACUUCUGAGGAACUCCUGACUCCUGGGGCUCCAUAUGCAAGGAAGACAUUCACGAUUGUUGGUGAUGCCGUUGGCUGGGGGUUUGUGGUACGAGGAAGUAAGCCAUGCCACAUCCAGGCUGUGGACCCCAGUGGCCCUGCAGCUGCAGCUGGAAUGAAGGUCUGUCAGUUUGUCGUCUCAGUCAAUGGGCUCAACGUGCUGCAUGUGGACUACCGUACGGUGAGCAAUCUGAUUCUGACGGGCCCACGGACAAUUGUCAUGGAAGUCAUGGAGGAGUUAGACUGCUGAUCAGCAGGACCUCCCCGCCCACUGUUCCAGAAUGAAACAGCAAUGCAAGGACAAGACUUCCAUGCGAAUGGAGAGCUUUGGACAUUCGGAUCUUUUCUCUGUUCAUACACAUCUUCGAUUUCAUACACUGUUUGAACGUGGAAGAACCGGGUAACACAUCUUUAAAAAAAAAAAAAGGUCUGUGUCCACAGUAGGGAAACAGAGUUUUCCUACCUGAUGGAAUUGCCUUACUGGAUUUCCAUUUGUAGUUUUCGUUUGUUGCUUUAUCUUAGUUUGCAGAAAGUUGAAAUGUUUCUCUAUCCAAAAUAGCGACAUGCUGUAGGAGUCAUUAAAAAUAGUUGUUAGACUUUAAAUUGUUCUUUCCAAGCCAGGCACAGGGGUUCAUAUCUGCAGUCCCAGCUACUUAGGAGGCUGAGGUAGGAGGCUCACUCUAGCCCAGGUGUUGGAGGCCAGUCUGGGCAGUAUAGGAAGACCCCAUCUCAAAAUAAAAAUGGACCUUUCGCCCAAAUCAGCAUGGAAUUGUUUGACAGAAGGCCUGUAUUUCACCAACUUCAAAUUAAAGCAACACACACAGGAAUAUGACCCAGUAAGCAGCAUUUCGAAAAAGGUUCUGAAGUAUUCACAACCACCAAAAAAAUGACUUGUUUCUUAAUUCCCACCUUUGGUAUUUACUUCUAACUUAGCACAUUUCGAUUGUGGCGUCAGGUAGAACACAAACAAAGCAAAACGUUGCCAAUGCUGGGGGGAAACACUGCACAGAUCCCACUUGUAACUUUUUGCACCAUUUUCUCUUGCUGAGACUAAAACAUUUUGUUCUACAAAUCAGUUACAGUGGAUUUCGAGAAUUAAUCCUAAAUUUAUUGAAUGUGAAAAUAGAGAAGUUUGUAUACACAUAUAUGAAACAUAAAAAUCAAACCUUCUGCAUAGAUUUCACUUUGAAACUGUCCACUUAAGGGGAAAUAUUCUAGAACUUGGCCUGUGUGUGAUAAAACUUGAAACUCUAAAUUGCCUUCUUAGACUGAAUCUUUACAAGCCUUUUAAUGUAACAUAUUCUAAGUGCAAUAUGUGCUGCUUAUGUAGGGGAGUUAUUUUCACUGAAAUCACCAUCUUGUGUUGUAAUUUUUCAUCAAACUUGUAUAUAUGCAUUUUUUUUUUGGUCUAGAAGAUAGUGUAUUUGGGGUCUUGAUAUAUAGAGGAAAUUCCUCAAAGUGCCAAAUUAGGGAUCAGGGAAUGCUAAAUUCUUUUUCAUUUCAUACAAUGAAUUUUGAACAAGGAGAUUGCUUUCUUAUGAUGUAUUAGCAAAAUAAUACACAAGCAUUGUAACUCAGUCAUUUCUUUGUGAUAGGGUACAAUGUGUUAGUACUGGUAGAAUAACAUACCGGGCUAAAGAUUUUACAUACAUAUAUUUCUGGUAAGCCAACUUUUCUAGCUUUAAUUAGAGAAUAGGUUCCUGAAGUUUUACUGAAUGUCUGACAUCAAUAUUGUCAAUCUACACUUGAGAAAGACUGUUCCCUGCCAUGUGUUUGUGUGCCUGUGUGUUUAUACUGUGUGCUACAUUCUGCGCUACGGUGUUUAAUGUGUAUGAUCUAAAAUUUAAUCCUUAUCACAGGUAGUUAUCACUCUCAUUAUUCAGAUGGGGAAACUAAGACUGAGCAAGAUUAAAAAUGUUUUCUAAGUUCAAACACCUGUAAGAACUAUUAUGCGAUAAAUCCUGGAUUCAAGUACAAGUUUGUUUAAUGCUGAAGUCUGCAUUCCCAUCUCCCUCAAACUCUCCUAUUUGUCCUUCUUGACCUAUGAGGUCAAUGCCAUCACCAUACCCAUUUUACAAAUAAGGAAACUGACUCAUGAAGAGGUUAGUCACACGCUCAAGAACACACAAGUGGGAGAUCUCGCCACUUGGCUUUAAAAAAUUUAUAACAUCUUUAAAAGACGAAUUUUAGAUGCUUUCUGUCCCCACGUGUUCAUUAAUUGACAAAAGAAGGAAUGCCUUUUGAGAAGUGUCAUCUUCUUCUUGCCCGCUGCUUUGACUUACUACUCAUAUCCUAGUGCUAUUAUUUUGAACCCUGAAGCCAAUCUAAGCACCAGAGAAGCAUCUGUCUGUCUUUCCUCCUCCUGCUGGUGAGGGAGAGGAAAGGAGGGAUGAACUAGUCUCUCUUUGAUUCUUAUCACCUUUGGUUUAAAGGUCAAAUGCCAGAGAAUUUCCAAGGCCAUGACAGCCUUACAUUUCUACUCCUCCAGCCUGCUCUUGCCAUCCUCACACAUCAGUUCAGGUGAAUGACCCCCCUGCCCUAGGAACCUCAUCUCAGUCCCUUCAGAAUUUGUGUACACAGUGUCUCCUCCCUACAAUGUUCUUCUUUCUCCAUAUUUGUCUGGAAAUUCUUUCUUCUUGUUAUCUCUUCUGAGAAUUAACUCCCCAAUGAUGUCCCGUCUCUAAAUCCUCUAAAUUUCCAUAGAUCCUAAGUCCCAUUAUAGCAUUGUUCACAUUUACUGUGAAAUUGUUCUGUUACAUGUCUGUCUCAUUAACUACUUAAACUCUAAGCAUCUGCAGAACAGGGACUGUGUCUUGGUAGCCAGGGUAUUCAUUUCCUCUACCUGACCAAAGUAAUGUAUCAGCUAUCCGUCGUUGACCAAUUAGCCACCCCAGAUCAUGGCUUAUCACAAUAUCUCUUGUUUGUUUCUGACCCUAUGGGUUGUCAGUUUGAGCCAUAUGUUGCUGAUGUGGCCCCCACUGCUCCAUAAAUGCCAAUGGGGUCUCCACACAAAUUUGUGGUCAGUGAUCAGGUUGGUUGGAGGCUGUUUGUUCUUAGAUGGUGGUAUAGUUUGAAUCUUGAAUGUCCCCUAAAGACCCAUGCAUUAAAGAGUUGAGCCUCAAACUGGUAAUAUUGGAAGUUGGUAGAACCAUUAAGAAGAGAUGGGAUCUAUUGGGAGGUCCUUAGAUCUUUAGGGAUGCGCCAUUGGAGGGGAUGGUGGGACCCCAGACCCUUCUUUCUCUCUCUUGUUUCUUGACCAUGAGGUGAACUGUUUUGCUAUGCUUUGUGCCCAUGCCAUGAUGUGUUGCCUCACCACAGGCCCCAAAACAAAUUAUGGACUAGAACCUCCAAAAACUGUGAGCCAAAAUAACCCUUUUCUCUUGUUAAGUUGCUUGUCUCAGGUAUUUUGUUAUACCGAUUGAAAGCUGACUAGCACAGAUGGCUUCAUGCAGACCUCUCAAAGUUGACUGGGACUGAGGACCAGUUGCCUCAGUUGCCUCCACUCCAUACAGCCUCAAACAGGGUGAGAACAGAAACUGCAAGACCUUCUCUCUGUUUGGUUGGACAUUACAUAGUUUGACUUUCACACCAUUCUGUAAGCCAAAGGAAGUCAUAAAGCUAGCCCAGAAUCCAGGGGUGGGGAACUAGAUAGCCCUCUUCAAUGGGAAGAUGUCAAAGAAAUUUAAGACUUCAAAGACAGAAAAUCCUAAAAUGAUAGUGCUACUUGGGACCUUGUGGAGUACAAUUUAGUCAUUUCGUUUGACAAAUGAAAACCUGCAGUGUGGAAUGAUCAUAAGGCAGGCCCAACCCAGGGAGUUUGUGGGAUGAGUGUGGACCAGAUGCCGGUCUCCUGCCUUCUUGUCCUGUGGCCUUGACAGUAUAGCAGGCUGCAUCAGGGGACAUGCAGCUGAUAUAGGCCUUUGGCAUUGGGGUAUUCAUAAAACAAAAGUGGUACCAGGUACCCAUGAUAGUAAAGGAGUAGAGUUUUAAUUGAUUCCUCUCUUGAGUUAAAUCAUAUCCUAAGAAAAUAUUCUGCUUCAAAAUUUAAAAAGCCCUCUAAAUGUAACACUAAAAAUUAUCUUAAAUUAACAAUCAGCAGUGUUGGAGCUUUUAUUUCAUGUGUGUGUGUGUGUGUGUGUGUGUGUGUGUGUGAUCUUCCAAGAUGGAAGUGUAUUUUGUGUGAAGUUUUACCCAUUGAGAACCUGCAAACCUUGGACAUAUCUUUCUUUGCUUCAUUAAAAAAAACACUAGAUGUUUCAGGUAUCUGUACUAGGUGUUUAUGUUUUGAUGACAGAAAUGAAAAUAGUUUUUGUUUCUUUAUUAGCAUCGUAUGUGUGAAUCUGAAAGCCAUGCUUUGUUGUAGAGAGAAAAACGCAGUUGCCUUUUGGGUUGAUUCUAUUCUCAGAGGUUUUAUUAAUCUCUGUCAAAUUGUUGUGUAAAUUGGAGCUGGACAUGGUGGCUCAUGGCUGUAAUCCAAGCACUCAGGAGACUGAGGCAAGAUUGAAAGGCCAGUCCAGAUCUUUCAAUGAGACCCUGUCUCAAAACAGUGUAGAGAAGUGAUGGGUAACAUGAAGAAGAUGCCCAUGUUUGUAGAGAUGAGAUGAGAUCAACUUUACAGCCUCUUAUAAAAUAGGAUUGCACCGGAGGGCAAAAGUUAGUAUUAGAAAUGUCAUUGUUUUCCAUUCAAAAUGGAGUCUUAAAUUUCCAAAUAGUCUUUCCUCUCAAACAUAUUGUGAAAAUACUCUGCUUUCAGGACUUAUUUUAACUGUUAUUUUAACUGUUCUUUCCUGUUGAGUAUAAAUCCUGCUUCAUUUUGAUUACAGAAUAUCAGAAUAACUCUAGAACAUUUCAGCUUUGCUAAUUGGUUGAAGGCCUUUGCUGACAUUGACCAUGACUUCCAUCAGUUUCAGUACCAAAAGGACAAAUAUGCUGUGUACCAAAAUGAAGUUCACCAUCAAAGAUAACAUCCAGUAUUGAUAAAUGAAUUAAUGAAUCUUCUCAAUGUAUAUCUUUAUUUUAAAAUUAGAUAAGAUUUAUUUGCUCUCUAAUUAAAAAUUGUACCAUAAUACUUAAAAUUACUGUAUGAAAACGCAGGAGUACAGCAUGAAAUAAAUGUUGCACUUUUUAAAACAAUGACUUUAGGGUUUUUAGCUUUCUCUCUUUUCAAACAAAUUGACCAAUUUUUGUGCAAAGCAAGAAUUACAUUUUAAGCUGAUCUGCUUACUUAUCAGUGAAAACACAUGGAACUCAUAUUUAAUUCACUAAUGUAGCCAAAAGUGCCAUUUGUGAAUCUACUUGGAUAUUUUCUGGUAGUUUUUUGCCUGAAAAGAAAUGCAUUAAAAAGGUGGGGUUUCUUUGGUUUUGGUUUUUGUCUUUUAUAUGGUAUGAUUCAGAAUCAUUGCCUCCCUACGCAAUGAGCACUGUAAGAUAUUCUACAUGGGAAAAUACCAUGUGCUUAUAAUUCUUCAAAAAUUUUCAGUGAACUGGGAAAUGAGUUAACUAAUUCUGUGUCGAAUGAGCAGUGUAGAGUAUGGGGAGAGUGGUUGUUCAGCUAUCUAUAUUCCGCAUUAUCUGAAAGACUUUAAAUUUUUCUGUCAUUUAUUUAAUUAUUCAUUCAUCAUUUAUUCAAGAAACCUUACUGAGUCAAACCCCAGUGCCUCUAAAAAAAACCAACCAAACAAAAAAGAGCCAACUCUUUGUUUAAGGCUGUGGAGAGGCUCAAGUGGUAGACCACCUGCCUAAACAAGCAUGGGGCUCUGAGUUCAAACCCCAGUACCACCAAAAAAAAAAAAA